CGGCGACAGAUCCCGGCGAGGAUGAGAUAGAGCUCUCGAGACUGUACAAGGAAAAAGCGGGUCGAACAAGGCCUGACUAUAUGGGCAGGAGCGAGCCAUGUCGGCGUCCACUGCAGGUCCCGGAGAUGAUGGAACAGCUAUGGACCUGCUCAGUCGACCUCGGAUACGUCAUAUCACCGAGAUCCGGAUCCAUAACCUCGACAUUCACGCUCAUCUAGCUGAACGGCAAGAGCAAGAUGGGGAGCACAAGCUCGGACCUUCCUCCCCUCAACCGGAAGGCCCAGGCUCGCCAGUAUCGGAGUAUAUACCACGGAGAAAGAGCCAAGGAAGCGCACAUUCUCAUUCAUUGAGAGAUGUACGGGAGAUAGCCGAAGAUCGGAUCAACGGGAGUGGAGGUGGAGAGGUUGCGGUCAUCGAAGAAGAACCUGACGGGGAAAUCCAGAGCGGGACCUCGAUACUACCAGAAUUGAAUCAACGACGGUCGAUAUCUUCUUCCUCACUCGGACGGAUAACCCGAUCUCCAAGGUUGAUACCAAGGCGGGCUUCUAGUAAUGAUACCAUCACCGAACAACCUCAACCACCGACGCCGUCCCAUCUUUCUCCGCAAGCCGGAUCGAGAAGUUUCGGAGCGAGGCCCGGGUUGGUCACUCAUGGACAUGGGCAUGGGAGGAGUCGGAGUCGGUUGAUCGUUCCCAGACCAGCUGCUAUACCGAAUGAAGAGGCGGAAGAGCGAGGUGAUACUGGGGGACAAGGGGUGGACAUCCUACAAUGCUCCGGGCAGGGAGAAAGUAGGGGAAAAGAAGCGAGAGCUCAAUCAAAAACUCAAGCGCAACCUCACGGCCAAGCCCAGUCGAGAGCGAGGUCGGGGUCCAUCUCUUCCCUACGUUCUGCACAUCAUCCUUAUCAUGGCAUUCACACCCACCAUUCGCACAACCAGGCAUCUACGAGCUCGGGCGCUGGUACUGGUAUGGGCAUGGGAGGGAGGAGAGAAAGGGCAUCGACGAUAGUCUCCCAGUACGCGAUCGACACUGCAGGGCAUGUCACGUUGACGGACGAAUUGGGUUAUGAGAAGAAGGACAUUCACGGCGCUACCGGCGGUAAUAAGGCGACGAACGCGAGUGCAGAUGUAGGUACCGCAUCCGGAUCCGAGGCUCGGGCGGGAGGAGAGAAAGGGAUGGACUUCGAUUUCGAGUAUAACCUCGAUGAAGCGGUCUUGAGGGAAGAAAAGGAGCUGGUGAGGUGUUUCGUGACGAUGGUCUUGGUAGAGGAUUUACGGGCGGCUCUCAAAGCCCAAGAAGAGGAAGAAGAAGAGGAUGAGGAGGAGGCGAGCGGGAAAGGUUCGAUUUGCACGAAUGGCCAGACUGGAGGAGUGGACGGCGUGGUGGAUAAGGGUGGUUUAAGCAGGAGGCUGAGUGAGACGAAGAUGAGUCGGAGAGAUAGCACGGGGGUGGGAAAUGCGAACGGAGCUGUCAGCCGGGUUCGGGCUGGGCACUCGACGAUCCCGGCUUCGUCGCCAGAACCGAGAUCUCGAAGGGGGUCUCAGACGAUAUCCCAGUCGAAGGAAUCGCCUGGUCGUUCGAAUUCGACAUCGACACCGCCGAGGGAGGCAAGGCCGAAGUUCCCAUCAAGUUCUUCCGUUCCAUCGCCGAACAAGAACAAUAAGAGCUCGGUCAAUCCGGGAAGCCGGAUACGCCCCCCAGCCUCGAGGCAGAAUACGCUCCGGGCAGGAUCGGCUUCCGUCUCUUACCCUGGGAAUACCUCUCCCACGAGAAGAAACUCCUCGCCUUCUGCUGCCUCGCCAAAUAGACUGGCACGGUUGGCCUCUCCGCCCAAUUCAAGGUUGAAUUCGCCACCGACGAGUCCGAGCUUGAGACCGGGUACAUUUGUGGGCGGAAAGAUGGGUUCAAGACGGGCUAGUAGCGAGACGACGUUGAAUGGGUACGAGGAAGAACCAGCCAACAACACCCUCAAACCCGCUACCAACGUGAAAGGUGCAGAUUCGCCACAAAGGAACGAUAUCAAAUCGAAAAAGACUCACGAACAGAAAACUCAGCCGAUCUCGCCCUUCUACAUCUCGCCUAUACAUCGAAAGUCGUUAUAUCCCACCUUUUCGGGGAUCAGCGUGGCGAGUGACUAUGCGGACUGGGUUGGGGAGUCGGCUGGGGAGGCUGCAGGACACAGGGUGCUUCUCGAGGCGUGGUACGAAUCGAGGAAGGGAGUGGAGCGCAAUAUCACAGCGCGCGGUGAGACGGCAAAUUGGCGCAAGUUGGAAGGGUUCGGUGGGGUUGUCGAUUUGACGAACUUGCGGGAGGUCGCUGAGGAUCGGAUAGACGAACUACCGGAUAACACCCUUAUAGUCCGUUUCUCCCCGACACCAUCCAAGGCGUUCUACCUGCCUUUUUCAUCCAGCGACAAGCAGGACGGUAGGUCUAACCCUUAUCCUGCGCGCCGCGACGUACAAUCAAUCGUCGAGCGGAGUAUGCGCGAGACCAAGAUGCAAAAAUCGGUCGAUCUCGAAGGUCUCGAGCGACUGGUGGCCGUCUCGAGGAUCUUGAAGGAAGGUGAGGCCGAGGUCAAGGCGGUUGAAGAGCGGGUCAAGAUGAUGAUGGACCAAGAGCGACGUGAAGAAAUGAUCAAAUUGCACGCCCAGAAGACGAACGCCAAUGUAAAUCUCGAGAAACGGAUCUCUAGUUUGCGUCAGGCGAAUGAAGACGUGAGACGAGCAUGUACGGAGCGGCGAAAGAACUUGACUAGCCGCCGUGAUCGUCUGCUUCAAGCUGGUGAAAAGACUGCAGAUCUAGAUCGCCAGACUGACGACCUAGAAUAUCGGGUGUCGGCCGAAAUAGAGGAUCGGAAAUCGCAAUCCCCGGCCAUCUACCGACAUCGAGCUCGGCUUGUCAACACGCUCGAUACCAUCUUCCCCAUCGUCCCUCUGGACCCCUCCACGUUGCUAUACAGCAUCCUUUCCGUUCCUUUACCCAUCCCGACGGAUCCAAAAUCCCCGGCCCCACCUGCGAACAUCCCUUCGAACCUUUUACCUCCUGGGAUUAAGGUGGAUGAGGAGACGACGGCUACGGCACUAGGCUUGGUGGCCAUGUGUGUUCAGAGGCUGGGGGAGAUGAUAGGCGAAGAUCUGCUUUACCCAGUGACUUGUCUAGGGAGCAGAAGCUUGGUCAGGGAUAAUAUAUCCGUCAUCACAGGGCCUAGGAGUUUCCCGCUAUACUCAAAGGGGAUCGAGAAGUAUCGAUACGAGUACGCCAUCUUCCUGCUCAACAAGGAUAUCGAGAUGAUGAUGAUCCAAGCGGGGAUCAUGAUCCAAGACCCAAGGCACACUUUACCUAAUCUGAAGACGUUAUUGUUAACACUGGCUAGUCGGGAUAGACCGCCGGUGGAUGACGCUGGUGAGGCUGCAUCGAGUGUUGGUACCCGGACGAGAGGGGCCGGAUCGAGGUCGAUGACACCUUCGCCGUUCGCCUUCCCCUCGCUUCAAGCACAAUCACAAUCUCGACCCGGAUUGACCGCGCCCGACACCCACCCAGCUCUUACUCACAAGAAUCAUCCAGGAUCUUCCAGCCAGGCGGAACCCGGCUACAACCCUCUACUGAAGAAGGGGCAAAAACAGGGUGAUACCCACGGAGGAGGAGGGUAUGAGCGGAGCGCGAGUAUAGCAAGCUUGACGGCUCUGACUGGGAAGACUUGAUCCGAUGAGACCGGCAUCAGAGAGGAAUAACAAACGGGAAUUGGGAGGAAAGAGCAGAAAGGGGUCUAAAGGAAGGACGAACGAUCUUCAGGUACCAUAUAUACUACUAAGUGGGUAUCAUCGGAAGGACGGGGACUGCGGGGAUCGGAAGGGCUCGCUGUGACCGGAAGCGAGGGAUGAUCAUCGUCAUGACAUUGUACGGUUAUACUGAUACUUUUGCAAUUAG